CGAAUUUCAUAUUUUUCACUCAAAUACAUUUCAAAUUAGUCGACUGUAAAUCAUACAACAACAUAUAUACGCUAUAUAUAUAUACAACUAAUUGAGGACUAAACACUCAACAUGUCCGCCGAGGUGGAGGAAAUGCUCAAACGCUUCUCCAGCGUUAAGAACAUCAUUGGCAUACUGGUGGUCGAUAACGAUGGCAUUGUCAUCAAGUCCACAAUGGAUAACAGCGCCUCCAUACAUUACGCCUGCCACAUGCAGAUGCUCACUGAGAAGUGUCGCCAGGUGAUCUACGAUCUGGAUGCCACCAAUGAAUUCAUCUCCAUUCGCAUGCGUACGUCGUAUUUUGAAAUUAUGCUCAUGCCGCACGAUAAUUAUUUUAUUGUUGUGCUACAAAAUGCUUGCGAUUAAUACGAAAAUUAUAUUAAAUUAUAAUAUAUCUAAAU